CAAAAAUCGAUUCUUUUCCCCCAGCAAAACCCUAGCUUCCACGAAUCGCAUACACUUUCUUCUUCAAGUAAGUCUCUUCUCAAUUCAAGUAUCUAGGCUUCUUCUGAGUCAAAUUCAAUCACCGAUCGUGUUUUGUAAUUUAGAAAUCAUGAUCUUCGCGUGCUUGAAAUUUGCAGAGUCGGAUCGAGUCGCCAUGGCUGCUAAGAGCUCCUCCUUCAAGCUUUCUAAUCCUCUCGAGACAAGGAUGAAUGAAUCGUCUCGAAUCAGAGAGAAGUACCCUGACAGAAUCCCUGUGAUUGUGGAGAAGGCUGGACAAAGUGAUGUUCCUGACAUUGACAAGAAGAAGUAUCUCGUCCCAGCAGAUCUAACCGUUGGUCAGUUUGUGUACGUGGUCCGCAAAAGAAUCAAGCUUGGUGCUGAGAAAGCUAUCUUCGUCUUUGUCAAGGAUACAUUGCCUCCUACUGCUGCAUUGAUGUCUGCAAUCUAUGAAGAACACAAAGAUGAAGAUGGAUUCCUCUACAUGACUUACAGCGGAGAGAACACUUUUGGUUCUUUCACCGUUGCUUGAAUAAAUAAAUCUUUCCAUGACUUUGAUGUACAUAAACAAAAGGGAGGAAGAUAAGAUGCACAUUCCUUCCUUUUUCCAUCUGGCUUUGGCUUUGCUUUUCAUGCUUUUGAAUCUUUGACAUUUGGGUUCAUAAUCUUUCAGAAAUCUUUGCUUUAUUCCUUAUACCUUCUUUUGCAUCUUUUAAACUUGUGCUAUUGAAUCAAAUUCCAUAUCAGAGUAAUCAAAUUUGGCAAACUUGCUCAUAUCAUUACAAACGCAAAAAGGUUUACAAAAUGACAAGUUUUGUUAAAACUUAUCAGCACACUGGCAACAAACUACACAAGCUUUCAAUACAGAAUCUCAUGAUCUUCUUCAUCUGUUCUAGCAUUCUAGAACUAGACUGAAUGGUUUUGUUUUGCAAAGUCGACACAUUAUUUUGCUGUUUUUACCUAACAAGAUUUAGGAACGAUGUCAAAGAAUCAACAUCUCUCUUCUCAGAUGGAUACUUGAUUGGUCUUGAAGAGUUCUUUGGGAACACAAGUAUCGUCGGGAAG